CUGGCUGCUAUGGCUCGUUACUGCUAUCUGGUUUUGUUAGUAAAAGAAACUCUGUUCGAUUGGAAAAAUGAGUAAUGAACUAUCCGCAUGUCGAACGUGUUGCGGUUGCUUGAUGAUAUUCCUAUGUUAGCAUACACAUAUCGAUAUGGGUUUGGAGGAAAGGAAAAGGAUGGUGCAUUAAGGAAGCUUGGCAUAUUGAGCAACAUUGUGAAUCAAAUGUACUUCCCAGUUGAGCACAUAGCCUGGUUGGGGGAAAAGAAUAUCAUUAAUGUGAAAGACUGCUCCAAAUGGUGGAAUUUGUGUACUACAUUGUGGACUGCAUCACUGAUAGUGGAAAUUAUAAGAGGUAUUUUAAUUAUGUCAAAGCUGAAGGCCCGAAAACGCAACAUGAUGCACAAAGCUGUUAAUAGUGUCAGCUCUGCAGAAAGAGAACGGCAUGUUAUGGAGUUAGGUGCCCUCCAGAGGAAAACAACGACAGAAGUACUUGUGAUCAUCCAGCAUACGUCUGACUUGUGUAAUGCUGUGCACUGGUUACCUGCUGGCAUUCUCUGGUCAGGAGUGCUAAAGCCUUGGCAGGUUGGCAUGUUUGGAACAAUAUCUUCCCUAAUUGGGCUUGGCAUGAUGUUACGCUGGAAGUAAGUGAUUUUAGUGCAUUGUUACGACGGGAAAACAUAUACACGUGUUUUAGACGUGUUUAUAAUUAAACAGCUUUCAUGGCCAUAAAGUGCAAUGAUGCUCAUAAGUUAGCCCUCAAUACAUAUUUACUCCUAUAAUAAUAUUUUUGUAUGAAUUAUAAUUAACAUCCAGACCUACACACAAGUAUACACACUACUUAAAUGCAAUAAAGGCAAACGAAUAAUUUGUGUGUAUGACAGUCAUUUUAAUAGUGUACACGUGAAAUUGACAAUACACUGCUGCUUACACAUUACACUACUUUACACUCCAUAUCUGUGUAGUCUUUAAAAUCAGUUACAGACUUAAUAAUGAACAUCCUGUACCACAGCAAUGCUUGAACUGGUUGGAAAAUAGGUUGGUUACUUAUGGAAGUUAUAGACUAAUUGCAAUAUGCUACCUAUAUCACAUGUACAUAUACUGUAGCAGAAGCACUGUAAUACAUCAUUAACACAUAAAGAAAAUUUUCAGAGGAUUUGUACGUUUAAUUUCAACACUUAUUCCAAUAAUAAUGCACAUGUGCCUUUUCAAAAAGAUUAGGGUGGGUGCUAGCCAUGAAUAUCAUCAUAUUCAAUUGAAUGGAUUAUUAUAAAUUAAACAAGUUGCAAAAUUAGACCAGUACAAUUGAACAAAUACAUUACAUGAAAACAAGUACGAUAAUUUGUAUGUAUACCAAUUGUAAAGUAAUGUGUAGUUUCAGGACUAAUUAUUCCUUCUUGUAUAUUCAUGUUAAUAAGCUGUACUUUUUCGAUUUUGUAUGACUGAAAACUUGUUAUAAACAAAUGACCUGUAAUUAUAUUAUACACAUUUAUAUUUUCCAUAUAUGCUUUCAUUUUAGUAGUUUAUCAUAAUCAAAUCAACUUCUGUUAGUGAAACUAUGUAUCAACAAGAGCACACCUAUGUUUUAUGUGCUUUUAUAUCAUACAUCAAAGUGGGCAAGUACUUCCAUGUAAAACGCUCGUGUACAGAUACUCCAGCGAUCUGGUACUAUAGUAGUAUCAUCUGCAACAUAGUACAGUAAUAUGUGCCUUUUUGUGUUCAUGAAAAUUUUAGUAUUUUCUCGUCAUUAACAGUGUCUCAUAUAUAUUAUAUAAGUGAGAAUACUGACGAGAUUUGUGGAUUAUAUAGUCACCUGCCUAAUAAUCAGUAUACAGUUAAAAUGUAAAUAUGUAGCUCACAGUAUAUAUAAGCCAAAACAAAUACGGGAGAAAUAUUAGAAUGCUAAUCUAAACACAUGGCUAAUUGUCCACAGUGGCUAACAGAUCCGCCAUGAAACUGGUUUUAUAUAAAAUGUUAUUUACUUCUAUGCUA